AGAAUCUCCUACCCAGACCACCCCGUCUCUCUCUCUCUCCCCUUCAACUCCUGCUCUGCCCCCGGCCCUUCGCCAUGCCGCUCCCCCGCUUCGGCCGCCUGCUCCUCGCCGUCGCCGCGUGCCUCGCGUGCGCGCUCGCCGACGCGGCCCCGAGGGAGCUAAAGGUCGGCUACUACGCCAAGACCUGCCCGGGCGCCGAGUACGUGGUGCGGGAGGCCAUGGCGCGCGCGCUCAAGCGCGAGGCCCGCAGCGUCGCCUCCGUCAUGCGCCUCCAGUUCCACGACUGCUUCGUCAACGGGUGCGACGGGUCGGUGCUGAUGGACGCGACGCCCACCAUGCCGGGCGAGAAGGAGGCGCUCUCCAACAUCAACUCGCUCCGCUCCUUCGAGGUCGUCGACCAGGUCAAGGCCGCCGUCGAGGACCACUGCCCCGGCGUCGUAUCCUGCGCCGACAUCAUCAUCAUGGCCUCACGCGACGCCGUCGUCCUGACCGGCGGGCCGCACUGGGACGUGAAGCUGGGGCGGGAGGACAGCCUGACGGCGAGCCAGGAGGACUCGGACAACAUCAUGCCGAGCCCGCGCGCCAACGCCACGGCGCUCAUCCGCCUCUUCGCCGGCCUCGGCCUCAGCGUCAUGGACCUCGUCGCGCUCUCGGGCUCCCACUCCAUCGGCGAGGCGCGCUGCUUCUCCAUCAUGUUCCGCCUCUACAACCAGUCGGGCUCCGGCCGGCCCGACCCGCACCUGGACCCGGCCUUCCGGACCACGCUCGACGCGCUCUGCCCCCUCACCGGCGACCAGAACGUCAGCGCCGGCAUGGACGCCACCCCCGUCGUCUUCGACAACCAGUACUUCAAGGACCUCGUCGCCCUCCGCGGCUUCCUCAACUCCGACCAGACGCUCUUCUCCGACAACCCUUUUACGCAGGCCAUGGUGAAGCGGUUCAGCGAGGACCAGGACGCAUUCUUCAGGGCAUUCGCCGACGGGAUGGUCAAGAUGGGCGACCUCCAGAACCCCAGGAAGGGGGAGAUUCGGGCCAACUGCCGCGUCCGAAACGGCUCCCCGCCUCCGCUCAAGAACCACGCAGCGCAUUUCCGGCUGCUCGACUUCUGAUUCAUCUCCGCUAGGCCCUGUAGGUGGGUGUCUCACGAGCGCUCUCAUGUCUCCGGGAGAGUGAUCGAUAUGUUUAACAUAGGUUUGGUUGGGGCUCGCAGUUCUGUGCUAAGAUCGGUUUGAGGUCUACCUACUGCUUAUUGCUAAUUGUUGAGGAAUAAUACAGAAAAUCGAGGCCUCCUGGUACUGAUAGCCAAAGGCUCAAUCAAUCAAGCAUUGCUUCUUUGUUCA